AAUAGAGGUUAUAUGAAGUUUAGUAGCCCACUUGAAGUCUUGAAAGUUUUUUCGCAUGUCAAUAUUUGUUAUAGAGUAACAGAAAUUAAUGGUCAAAAUAAUUUGAAUUGGGGUUUAUCCUAUUACACAGGUAAUAGAAGUGGGUGCGGUGACGAAACCUCCAUUAUUGAUCAUCUUGAUAGGUUCCCCAAAAAUGACCAUCGGAUCAAGCGUCGUUGUUCCCAGAAACUUCAGGUUGCUAGAAGAACUUGAACGUGGUGAAAAAGGGAUUGGAGAUGGGAGCGUCAGCUAUGGGAUGGAUGAAGGUGAUGACAUCUACAUGCGUUCUUGGACGGGUACUAUAAUUGGUCCUCACAAUAGUGUACAUGAAGGCCGAAUAUAUCAGUUGAAGCUCUUUUGUGACAAGGAUUAUCCAGAGAAACCUCCAACUGUUCGCUUCCACACACGGAUUAAUAUGACUUGCGUGAAUGCAGAGACCGGAUUGGUUGAACCGACAAAGUUUGGGAUGCUGGCGAAUUGGCAGAGAGAGUUUACUAUGGAGGACAUUCUGACUCAGCUGAGGAAAGAAAUGGCUGCACCUCACAACCGAAAACUUGUUCAACCUGCAGAAGGAACUUGUUUCUAGCUGACCUUCCAAGCUGAAAAUUCUUAAAAGGGCAGAAGUCUGAAGGGUCUUAAUAGAUUUAUAUAAUCAGUAUGUAGUUAAAUUAUUUAUGCCGUUGAUAUGGAAUUCUUGGAAGGAAAAAGUGCUUGCAUAUUCAUAUUGUUGAAUGUUGAGUAAAGUUUUACAAUGUGAUUAUGUAAGACAUAUUUAUAACAAUAAAUUGGGACUCUGUAACAUGGAAAGCCUUGUUGGCUGAACCAUGGUCUAUGCUAUUACAACAUCAUAUGCCCUUGGGAUGUAUCCCCGGUUUUUUUUUUUUUUUUUUUUACCGAGUCCCAAACCAACCUUCAAGUUGA